AUAUCUUUUAAACUAAGGCGGACUGUCAUAAACUACAUAAUCGAGAAAAUUCAAGGAUGGAGAAGUGGCUGUUACCUUUGCUGAUGUUUGGUCAGCUUGCUUAUGUUUUCUGCUCUGACCCUUUGACCUUCAAACAACACACACACUGCAAAAAGUACGGCAAUAUAUAUGACGUUAAUGACAGAUUUACACAUCCAGAAGACUCCUGUAAAGAAUGUGUUUGUUGCAAGACCGGGAAGGUCAAAUGCAAGAAAAAGGCAUGCCCCAAUGUGAACCUUGAUUGUGGAAUAAACCGCCGUGAAGAUAUAGCGAGCAAUGAGUGCUGCCAACAAUGUGAUGCCGCAUGUUUAGCAGAAGCACCGAAUUGUCCUGAUUUAUCAGGGUGCCCUGGAAUUAUACACUUUGCACCUGACGCGUGCUGUGGCACGUGCGGUAGUAAAUCGCGCGGAGUCGUUUAUCCAUCAAGCAAUGAAAUAAUUGAUGAUGAAGUUCAUCCGGCGUGUGAACAAUGCAAGAGCUUAAACGGGGUGUUUACUUGUGAAAAUGAAGCACCUUGUCCCGAAAACAAGCUUCAAUGUGUUGAUGGUAAAGUAAUGAACUCUACCUGUACAUGGGAAUGUCCAAAUGGCAAAACCUGUAAAGUGGGAUCAGAGGUGAUACAUCCUGGCGAGUACAAAAAAAUUGGAGAGCGUAUAUGCACAUGCGUGAAAGAUGGCUUCUUUCCUCACGGAAUUUGCGCUAACGCUGGUCACUGGGGGGAAAUUGAGGAGGCUCUGGCAGCCAAUAUGUGCGUGAAAAGACCGAGUGAUUUUUCUACUUGGUCACCAAAUCCUUAAAGUACCAUUUUUGCGCCGCAGGAACGUCAACAGAUAUUGAAACGUGAUGGAAUAUUGACAAUUACUAUUUGAAAAAAUAAAAUCUUCCUAUAUGUCUUUUUGACUGAAAAUAUGAACACCUAAAGCAUACUGAAACAC